ACCGGCCUCUUCCCCCCCCGAAGGGGUUGAGAGGCGGGGGCAAAGAGAGAGAGAGCGAGAGGGAGAGCGAGAGUGACUGUCCCGGCCGGCGCUGAUCUCAGGCGCCGAUUGGCUGCUGUCUACGCUGACGUCACGAUCAUGAUGAGAAUUAAUGAUCGGAGGCGCUGAUUUCAUUGUGUGACGCCGGGACCGACCCAGCCGAAACCGGCUGAAUUCGGCGCCCUGGGGCCCCCCGGACCAGCCCCGCCUGCCCCACAGAGCACGAAUUUUCCCGCUAAUGCAUUAAGUCAAAUGAGGAACUUCAGCCCUCUGCUUUGGAGAACAUUAUAAAACCAGUUGAUAGAUUGGUCUGAUCUGUUGGGUAACAUAUAGGUGAAAAUGCUUUUGGAACCUUAACAUGAAGUGUGAAGUUCAGUCCUUGUAAAUGGCCUUCCUAUAGACAAAAAUGAAAACAAAGAUGAAUCUGCGUUCUGUAUUUACUGCAGAACAACAAAGGAUAUUGCAGCGUUAUUAUGAAAAUGGAAUGACAAAUCAGAGUAAAAAUUGCUUUCAGCUCAUAUUACAGUGUGCACAAGAAACUAAGCUGGACUUCAGUGUAGUCAGGACCUGGGUUGGCAACAAAAGAAGAAAGAUGAGUAGCAAGAAUGUUGUGGAUUCUGGAGGAACUCCAUCUGGGACUGUUGCCAGUACACUGACCAUACCUUCCGAAGUGGCAGUCCGAAAUGUGGUCAGCAUUGCCCGCUCUCAAAGCCAGCAGUCAUCUUGGACAUCCUCCAACAAUGAUGUGAUAGUAACUGGUAUAUACAAUCCUGCCAGUUCAUCUGGCAGACUAGUGUCUGCUAAGCAGACGAACACACUGAUGAGUGAUAUGCAUAAAAACUCUUUCCAGAGGCCCCCUGGGAAAAGUGAUCCUGAAUUUCAGCGGCAGCACAUUGCAGUGGCACGCCAAGCACCCCACUGUAAAAAUGCAUCACUCUUCUUGGGAGAAAAAACAAUUAUCCUGUCAAGGCAAACAAGCGUGUUGAAUUCAGCAAAUUCCAUUUAUAAUCACACUAAGAAAAGCUAUGGUGGUUCUUCAGUUCAGACUGCAGAGUUGGUUCUACCUCAGAAGCCUGUGUUAUGCCACAGACCAUGCAGAGUGGAGCAGAUGGGGUGCCAGAGGUUACAAAAGCCGGAGCAUCCAAUCCUUGCUUCACACAUGCCGUCUGGGCAAAGGGCUAAUAACGUUAGAGAUCCUUCCUGCAGCACACACAACUUGGAGAUCCGAGAGGUCUUUUCUUUGGCUGUUACGGAUCAGCCUCAGAGGAUCCUGGGAGGAAAUGCACAGAAAUCAUUGUCUACUUCAAGAGAAGCCAGUUGUUUGUCAAUUGCUAUGGAAACUGGGGAUGUGGAUGAUGAAUAUGCUAGAGAAGAAGAGCUGGCAUCAAUGGGUGCCCAAAUACAGAAUUACUCCAGGCUGAGUGGCUCAUCUCUCAGAGCUGAGAAUCCAAGCACGGGUCUGUCUGGGUCAGGCAGAAGUGUCAGCUGCAGUUCUCACAUGGUGAAUGCCAGGGACUUGCACGACAAUAUCUUGUAUCAUAAUAGAGACUAUCGCUUGCCUCCACGGACCUCCUUACAUACCACGUCUAGUACACUGUAUAGCAGCUCCUACCCAUCAAGAAGUAAUCUUUCGUCUCAUUUUGCAGCAUCCAAUCAACUAAGGUUGUCUCAGAACCAAAAUAAUUACCAGAUUUCAGGAAACCUUACUGUGCCUUGGAUUACGGGUUGUUCCCGAAAAAGAGCACUACAAGAUCGUACACAAUUCAGUGACCGGGAUUUAGCUACGUUGAAGAAAUACUGGGACAAGGGCAUGACCAGCCUGGGCUCUGUUUGCAGAGAGAAAAUUGAAGCAGUUGCUGCGGAGUUAAACGUUGACUGUGAAAUAGUGCGGACUUGGAUUGGGAAUCGCAGACGAAAAUAUCGCCUGAUGGGAAUUCAAGUCCCUCCUCCUCGAGGUGGCCCUGCUGAUUUUUCCAAUCAGUCUGAUUCCAGCAGUAGAUCAAUACCCAUUCCAGGAGACGAUGCUUCAACUGACGUGGGAGAUGAUAAUGACAGAAAUGAUGACGUAUCAAUAUGCUUAUCAGAAGGAAGUUCUCAAGAAGAGCACAGUGAAGUUCUUCAGAGUGAAGACCUUGGUCUCAAAGAGGGGGACCGGACUACUGUAUCAACUGAUAAUGUGAAAAUAGAAAUCAUAGAUGAUGAAGAAAGUGAUAUGAUAAGUAAUUCUGAAGUGGAUCAAAUGAGUUCUCUUCUGGACUAUAAAAAUGAGGAAGUAAGGUUCAUUGAAAAUGAGCUGGAACUUCAAAAACAGAAAUAUUUUGAACUGCAAGCUUUCACCCGGAGUUUGAUACUCGCUAUUAAGACAGAUGAUAAAGAACAGCAGCAGGCACUUCUAGCAGAUUUACCUUCCGAGUUAGAAGACAUUGAUUUCAAUCAUGCAUCUCCAGAACCGGAUGAUACCUCGUUCAGCUUGUCAUCUUCAUCAGAGAAGAAUGCCUUGGACAGUUUGUGAUCUUUUAACAAAGGAAACACUGCAGUAUUUUUUUCCCUGAUGUAUAUGUUCUGUACGGAUUACAUUUUGUUAUCCAGUAUCUUUAACUAUGAAGGGGAAAGAUGGGAUGGGAAGGAAGACUUAGCAACCUUGUGUAGUGGGUGUGGUUGAUGGUAGCUGCAGACUCUAAGAAUCUUUUUUUGUUACAAAUGUGAAAGCUAUUUGAGAAAAAGGUAUUAUGGUUUUAGUAAGUAUGUCCUGAUAAUGUUACUUAACCAGGAUUUUGUAACAGACCUAGUCUAAACAAGGCACCAAGAAUGGAAGAAAAAUACCCAAUAGUGCUAAUCAGUCAGAAUUAUCUCCCUGAUCUGGCCUUCAGAUUAGGCUCAGUAUAUGUUCAAUAUGAUGUUUUCUUUCAUUCUUUCCCCUUUCUCAGGUACAUGGGACCGAUCAUUGGGAAUUAUGAGUUUCAAGCAAUCAGUGGUAAAUCUUGGGCCUUUACUAAAAUUAUGGUCAUUUUAACCAGGGAUCAAGAUAAAUAAGUGCUUUUUAUUCUGUAUACAGCAAUCCAUCAUUGUGUCUUUUCUCUUUUUCACUCUCCCCCAGUGUAUAAGAUCUACCUAUCGGUUAGCUCCAGUGAAGUCUAAGUGAAAAUGGUUAGCUUUCGUAAAAAUGCUUCUGCAUAUAAACAUGUGCAGAAAAGCCACAAAGAUGUGUACAUAGAUAUGAAGGCUGGGUGGACUCUUUGGGCUUAUCUGCAGGCUGUUAGUUCACAGUGAAGCCUCUCAGGAAGUUGGUUUACUAAUUUAAACUGGGAACUCCCCCUGUUCCCCUUGGCUAAGAGGUUGGAAAAUCAGCAGAAGGAAGAUCUAGGGAAACCAAAGCAUCUGCAUUAGCUCCAGAAGGAAGAGAGCUGUGAGAAGGUUCCCAAGAGAUGUGCUUCUGGCACUCUUAAUUGGGAACAAUGCUUCCAUUCGACUAUGGAUUGGGGUAGCUUUUACAAAAAAAAAUCUGGCAUGCAAAUUGGCUCUGGCAUAUGGGCCUGCAAAUGUAAACAUGUUUAGGCCCUCCUGACUCACUUCCUUCAACUUGAUCCAUAAUUAGAAACCCAUGCAGAAUGAAGCUUGAUGACAGAUCCAUUUUAGGCACCGGUAUUGGUUGCAUGGGUCAAAAUCUUGCUGGGUAUCAAGUGCUCGUGAUAGCGACUCCUGAAUUUUGAGCUACCGUUGCGUGUUGGGCUUUUAACUGGAUGAGGUAAAUGUUGCAUACAAAUUAAUGUAAUUGGUUUUUGGGGAUAUCAUUGCUGUUGCGCAGAGGAAUAAGAACUGCUGCCUGGGUACCAUAGCAUAAACAAACAAAAAAAGGCACAGGAUUUAUCUGUUUUUGCAAUCAUGUAUUUUAGUAACUGAAACGGCUGUGAAAGAAUUCUGUUGUCCUACCCCUACAGCAACUUUGGAUGUUGUUUAGACAAGAUCCACUUUGUACCUUUUUCGGUCCAUCCUUGUCUUGCAAUAUACUUCUCUCUCCCUCUCUUUCUAUCUUAUCUGCCUGCGUUCCUCAUAACAGCCCAUCUCAGCUGGAACGUCCCAUAGAGUUAGUUCUGUUUCUUUGUCCUUCUAGCUUGUGUUGUCUUUUGUUACUGAACUCCACCUAAGAGACAUAGUAGGAGCUGAAUGCCUUUUGCAUAGUAAAGAAUUGGGCCGUGUAUGGAUUGUGUGCCCUAGGAUAGUUAGCAGAAAAUAGAUUUGGGAACUCUCAGUAGGUCUCUGUAUUAUUUGCAGGAGGUCAGGAAGGAUUUUUAAUUCUUGAUUAGAGAUGGGGAUGUUCAUAGUCAUUAAUGAAUAUGAAUAUCCCCAUCCUGUGUGCACCUAAUACGGGUCCGGCUUUUGGAACCGUCCACUUGUGUGCUGCCAACAUGCCAUUCUUCCCGCCAGUCUCAGAAGUAGCCGGGCAGGAGGGCAAGUUUCCCUGUACAGCUGCUGGUUCUGAGGGCCAGAUCCACAUUAGGUGCACCUGGCAUGGGGAUAUUCAUGUUUGCUUAUGAAUACAUAUAUCCCCCCUCUCUAUUCUUGAUUGUUGUACAUAAAUGACAUCUGGAUCAAGGAGUAGCAGGCAGUGAACUUUUGCACGAAUGGACUGUGAGUUCAGUUUAGAUUUGAACUGAAUUUUUAGGCUCCAAAUGUGCUCAACAAUAACUUCGUGUUUAAUUGUUUGACUUUUAAUCCUGGUUUUAAUUAAUGGACCUUGAGGCUCUUAUAAAAAAAAACCCAGACAAAAAGCAAAAGUAGAUCUGAUAAGACACUAGCCACUUCUUGCUGAAAGAGGCUAGGGUGGAAUUAAUUUGCAAAGGAUCUUAAAGGUGGAGACAUUUUGUUUUACCUUCUGUUUCCGCUGGAUUGGCAUUGUGUAACACUAGGCUUGCUUCACUAAAUACACUGCUUUGUAUGACCAAUUUUUUGUAAGGUGUGGAAAACAAUCCUUAAUUAGUUAGCCUCUGUUUCCUUUCCUGUUCAGGCACUUGCAAGCAGAGAUUCUAAAGAACUGAGAAAUAGCUCACAAUUCAAAAUGUAGUCUUCUUUAUUUAACUACCUCUCAUGUAAGUGCCCAGAUUCCCAGGCUAAACAAUGCUGGCCUGUUUCUUGUGCUCUCUUUUCAAAUUUGGAACUAUUCUAAACAUGCACUAUGAGGGCUUGAGUGUUGGGAAAUCUAAAAACUAUUGGAUAAAAUGUUGCUUGUUUUAUCGUUCAUUCUUAUAGUAUUUUCAUUGUGUCUUGAUUUGCUUUACAGCCUUGGGUGGGUUUUUUGUUUGUGUGUUUGUUUGAUUUUACAGGUGUGACAUAAGUCCAUGGCCUCAGGUGGGAUUUCAGCGUAACUUUGCAAGACAUAAACCUAACUUUUGAGCAUGAUUGUGCAUCACAUGAUGACUUGCUUGCUGCUGACCUGACCCUCCAAUGAAAAUAACCUGUUUUCAAAUUUGCUAUAUUUGAAGAUUUAACAGUUCUGUCUGUGAACUAUAAUGGCAUGUUGUGAUGUAAAUAAUGCAUUUUAUUUAUUAUAUUUAUUUAAACAAUUGCCUUUUCAUGUUGAAGUGUUGCAUACGGAAGGCAGUUAGAAGCAGAUUGUAGGCAUGACCGAAUUGGCUAGUCUUCAUCCACCAGGGCAGUAAUCUAUGGUCUUUUCCAACUGAGAUUCCUGUUAACUAGAACUUGCAGUAUCAAGCGCCUUUAUUUUAUGGUUAGAAGGGCUUUUUCUCCGGACAGUUGCAUCAAACAGUGGAUUCUGAGAUCAGGGUUGGACCUUGGUUGAAUCACUAAAAUACGUUUUAAAAGUGACCUCUCAUGUCUCCAUGGCUCUCCAUUAGGCAGCUAUUGCAGAACCUGGGGAAGAGAGGGGAAAUGGUAGAAUAAAAAAAAACAUGCAAAGAUGUGGUAGCAAGGUGUUGAGGUUAUGGGAUCUGUAGUUGAGUUCUAAAACAAAGGCUAAAACUUGGAAGAAUCACCAUAAGGGAUGGUGAUGCCAUUUUAUCUCUGAGGAUCAAGUGUCUUACUUCACUUCUGGAGACAAAGGUUGAAUUCUUCACUGCCUUUUCCUGAACAUUGCAUUGAAUAUGAUUUUGACAGAAUCAGAUUGCUCUUCAGGUGUGAGAAAACCUGUGCCUGCUUGUAGGAUCUUUACUGCACAGCUCUAACAAAUAGAAGGAGCUCCAUUUCUUUUGCCUUUGAUUUUGCUUCUUGCCUCCUUCCUUUCUUUCUUUCUUUUUGAUCUUUAAAGGAAAGAAAAAAGUGGUAGAGCCAUUGAUGUAGCUUCUUCUGCAUUCAUUCUUAGAUAAGUCACAGACAAAUGCACUAAGGCAUGAAAUUAACUUUCUUACUUUGGUACCUACUGUUUGAACUAAUUUAGAAGAUUUACUACACUGACAAAGUGUGAAGAUUUUGAUUGCUACAGAUAUCCACAAUGAUUCAGAAAAGGAAAGACACUGGAGAUCAUAUUGCAAAUAUAUUUUAUCUGUUGCAGCAUACCAAAGAAUUUCAGAAGAAAAGUCUAUGGUUUAUAGGUUCCAGCAAAGUCUUUGACUAUUUGGAUCAUGAAAACUUAUGGAUUGUUCUUUCAGAAAUAGAUGUGCCAAAACAUCCAGUUGUCUUGGUGUGCAACCAUUAAUUACUCUAGACAAGAGAAAGCUGUUAGGACAGAAUGUGGAGACACAGAACUGUCCCAUUGGCAAAAGUAUCAGACAAGGGUGUAUUUUACCAUCUUUCUGUCCAAGCUAUAUGCAGAACAAACCAGGCAAAAAAUCUGGAUUAGAUUCAGUUGAGGGAGGAAUGAAAAUUGGUGGAAGAAAGAUCAGUAAUUUAAGGCAUACAUUGUUACUGGCAGAAAAUAGCAAUAAGUUGAAAUGACCAGGAAGUAUUGAGAAUUGUUAAAGAAGAAAAUUCACAGCUUGACUAAAGUUGAGCAUUAAGUAGAUAAAAAUCAUGACUGCAGAAGAACUAUAUAACUUUAAUGUUGACAGUGAAGCAGUUGAAGUUGUUGAAGAUUUUUAAUGGCAAUCAAAAUAUAAACUGCAGCCAAAAAAAAUCCAAAGACUAUGGUUUGGAAGGGCAGCUAUGAAAAAAUUAGAAAAGGUUCUGUUGUGUCAUUGGAGAUGAAAACCAAGAUCGUCCAAACGAUGUCUGCAUGUGAAACCUGUAUAGUGAAGAAAGCUGACAGAGGAAAAAAUGUAUUCAUUUGAAAUAUGGCACUAGAGGAAAAGCUUCAUGGGUACCAUAGACUGCCAGAAAGGCAAAAAAAAAAAA